CCGGCCCCGCCCUCAGUCGUGGCUCCUCCUUCCUCUCCGCGCUGCGUGCGAGCUCCUCUGGCUCUACCAUCCCGGGCGCAAGGGAAGGGCGCCAGACGGGGCCUGCGGGUGCGUCAAGGCCAGGCCUUGAGUCCUCUUCCCUUUCCUCCAGCCUCGGAACUGAGGCCCCAAGCCAGACCGAGGACCGGCGCGGUCCCCCUGCCCGGAUCAUGGCGACCCCUCGGACUGAGGACGCAGUUUCAGCUCCCUGGUCGCAGCUGGACGCCCCCGCGCGCCUCCUGCUCCAGGCACUGCAGGCUGGGCCCGAGGGGGCACGGGGAGGCCUGGGAGUGCUGCGGACGCUGGGCAGCCGCCGCGGGGAGCCCUUCGACUGGGAUCGCUUCCUCGAGGCGCUCUGCCGGGAGGAGCCUGUAGUGGAGGGGCCGGACUGCCGCCUGGAGCUGAAACCACUGCUGCUGCGAUUGCCCCAGUUAUGCCAGAGGAACCUGAUGUCCUUGCUGAUGGCUGUCCGGUCAUCUCUCCCUGAAAGCAGGCUCCUCCCUGUGCUGCAGAUUGCCCAGCAGCAUACAGGGCCUGACCCCGAUACCUGGCUCUGGGCCCUGGGGAAAUUGCUGCGAAGGGAUCUGGGGGUUGAGGUGUCUGACAAGGGAGCCUCCCCACUGUCCCAAAGGUGCCAGAAUCAGCUCCAAGGCCUGUGUAGGCAGCUGGGUCAGGGAGGCAGGAGAUUGAAAUUGCCCCAGGCUUCAGACCCCGAAGAGGAGGAAGUGGAGAAGGAAGAGGGGAAGGAAGGAAACGGUUCCCAGCAGCCUGGGACACGUCGAAAGAAGCCAGAACAAGAGCCUGCCAGUCCUGAGAGGGAGAAGGCUCCCAAAAGAUUCCGGUGUUUAGAAAUGGAGGAGAAGGAGGAGGAAGCUUGUGAGGAGGGGAGAUCUGAACGUGAAUCACUGGGCUCCCUGGCAAGUGGAGGGGGUGCAUCACCUAUUAAGAAGCAGCCCGUUGUGGGAGCUGACACUGAUGAGGCUGGUCAGAGUCUGGAGGAUGCUAAUGGCCGAGCUGAGAGUUCGGAGUUGCCCAAAGCUAUCCAGGACCAGGUUCCCAGGCUGCAGCAGCUGCUGAAGACCUCCAGAGAGGGCCUGGAGAACACCCCACCGGUUGAGCUGCAGCUUCUCCACGAAUGUAGUCCCAGCCAGAUGGACCUGCUGUGUGCCCAGUUGCAGCUCCCCCAGCUCUCGGACUCUGGUGUCCUGCAGCUCUGCACCUGGCUGCUGGCCCUUUCACCAGAUCUUAGCUUCAGCAGUGCUACUGUGCUGACCAGGAACCUCUUUCUUGAACGGAUCCUCUCCCUGACUUCCUCAGCCUCCCGCCUACUCACAACUGCCCUUACUGCCUUUUGUGCCAAGUAUACCUACCCUGUCUGCAGAGCUCUCCUUGGCCCUGUGCUCCAGGCCCCAGGCACAGGUCCACCUCAGACAGAGUGUCUGUGUCGCCUUAUGGAGGAUGCGGCCCUGGAGCCAGACACACAGGUUCUAAUGCUGGAUCAGAUCUUGGAGCUAUCCUGGAAGGAGGAGACUUUCUCAGUGUUGCAGUCACUUCUGGAGCGACAAGUGGAGAUGACCCCUGAGAAGUUCAGUGUCCUACUGGAGAAGCUCUGUGAAGAGGGGCCAGCAGCUGCCUCAUCCAUGGCUUACGCCAAGCUCAUGCUGACAGUGCUGACCAAGUACCAGGCCUCCAAAGAAGCCUCUGGCCUCUGGGAGGACUGGGGAUUGGAGAGUGAUGAUCUGGGGCUGGAGACCGGUCAGAAGGUUGUAGCAACAAGUCAGGAAGAAAGUGUGGACUAGAAGGAAGGUGGCAUCUUCGUUUACGUGUCUCUGAACCUGUCUUCUCAUCUGUAAAAUGGAAGAGCUGUGAGGAUUAAUGCAUUUAAAGUGCUGCCACAUAGUGAGCACCCAGUCAUUGUCAACUAUUAGUGUGACCAGCUUGGUGAGUUGUGCAGCUAGUAUUUGACCCCAGGUCCACCCAAAUCCAAAGACCUUACUUAACUGGGGUGAGUAAGAUUGCUCAGGGACAGUAUCCUUCUCCUCUUCCUCCCUGUCAUCCUUUCAUCCUGGCUGGCUGUCUCCCUUCUAAACCCCUGUGGGCAGGGGGAGGAAUGGACUACUGGAGAUCUGACAUGAUUCUUCCUUUUCCCAGGUCACUGAGACUCAGAAGAUGGCCCUGGCUACAGCCCUAGAGCGCAAUACCACCUUCCUGAGGAAGUCCCUGCAGGCCGCUUUGAGACACCUGGCCCCUUGACCAUCAACCAAGGAGCUACCCUCCAGGGGCAACCUCACCAGCUUCCUGAGGGACACGUCCGCCCACACCAACUCACCCUGACCCCUUGUCUGUGGGUAAAGGCUGAGCCUGGCCAUCCCAAGGACCACCUGCCUCCCUGCUCCAGGCUGCAGAGAGGACAUCUUGGCCUCCUGGCCUCAGGGGGGCUGAUGAGCCAUCACUGCAAGGACUGCUGACCCUGAGCCUAUUCCUUAUCACUUCUAUGUCAAGCCUCAGGGAUGGAAACUUUCUGAUAGGCCUCAGCAGGUCAAAGCAAACCCAGAGUAGAUAUUUGAUACUCUGGGAGCCCUGGGGCACUUGUGUGCUCAGCACAAAUCUCUUGUGUUCAAGUGUAUGUUAUGACCCUCUGUAUUUUUAUUUCUGACUUGAAUAAUAAUUUAUCAAUGGUAUUUAAUAAAAAGCAGGAUGUUCAAUAGUGCCUUAUUAGAA